AUGAAGCUUAAGGAAUCGGAGGCUAGACAAUCAGGCUCGACUAUGCAUGUCGUGGCGGAGAAACAGACUUGGCCCGUUAUUUUUACGCCGGAAGCGGCUCAACCACUGACUGAAUUAGUGUACCGCCACCCCUCGAUAGAUCUGCCCAAUAUGGAGCUUGCGCCGUUUGACGAGAACCCCAGUAUCUACUGGAGAUUUAUCAGAGAGUUUGAUAACUUCGUCGACUGUCGGAUCUCCAAUCCAGGACAGAAGUUCCUGUACUUGAAGCAUUAUUGCCGCGGGAAGGCCCGAGAUGCUAUUGAAGAAUGCGUCAUGCUACCGAAAGAACUGGGGAUUUCCCGAGCGAGGGAUAUUCUAAAGGAAUUGUUCGGUCAACCUUUCCAUGUGGCACGGACACUCAUAGAUUGGGUGCUGGCCGAGGCACGCAAAGCAAGGAACGAACCCAAGUCGUUGGUGCAACUGGUAAUGAAGAUGCAGAACUGCUUUAUUGCCUUGACUCAAAUGAGUUACGAAGCAGAUUUGAAUGCUCUACACACCCUAGAAGCGGUAGUGAGAUUCCUGCCGGCUGACAUACAACAGAGGUGGGCUGAGGAGGCAGUGAUAAUUGGCCGUUCAGGGAGAGAACCCCAUUUCACCUAG